AUGUUUAGUCAAUUAUUUAUUUUAAAUUAUAAAGGUGAUCCUAUUAUAUUUAAAGAAUAUAGACAUGAUAUAAGUAGAAAUACACCAGAGUUAUUUUUUAGAAAUAUAAUGAACUCUUUAAAGUCAGAUAAGAAAGAGAUGUAUUUCGUACUGACUAGUUUGCAACCGUUGAUAUCACCGUCGUUGGCAUUCGAACUACUGAAUCGUACGUCACAGAUCAUUCAAGACUACACAGGAUAUCUCAGCGAAGAAUCGAUACGUUUGAACUUUACACUGAUCUACGAACUCUUAGACGAACUGAUGGACUUUGGUUAUCCACAGGCGACAUCAACGCAAACACUCAAAGCAUUCGUAUUCACACCACCCACAGAAAUACAAAUCGAAAAAUCAGAAUCAAUCAUUGACACUUUUAUUAAUACAGCAACAAAGAAAUCGAUUUCACCUGGUACAGCAAAUAGACCAAUACAUCAACCUUCACAAAUUGAUUUUAAUACAGAUAGUAUAUAUGUUGAUCUUUGGGAACAUUUAACUGUUUUAUUGGCACCAAAUGGAAAUGUAAUUAGAAAUGAAAUUAAUGGAAGAGUUGUUAUAAAGAGUUAUUUAAAGAAUAAUCCAACAGUAUCAAUUGGUUUCGAUCAAGAUAUAAUAGUUAAUUCUAGAAAUAAUAAUAAUAAUAAUAAUAAUAAUGAUAAUCAAACAAAUGGACCUGAUAAACUAUUGAUAGAUGAUUGUAAUUUCCAUGAAUGUGCACCAAAUGGUUUAACAAACAAUAGCGUUAUCAAUUUUCAUCCACCCCAAGGUGAAUUCACUUUGUUUAACUAUAGAAUAUCGAAUAGUACAUACUCACCGUUCUUGGUAAACUCAAAUGUGGAGAUGACCGAUAAUGGUAAAUUGGAAUUGGUAGUUAAACUAAGAUCAAACUUCUCACCACAUGUUAUCUCCAAUCCCAUCGAUGUUACAAUACCAUUACCUAAAUCAACUUACAAUUGUGUUACAAGUUUAGAUUUUGGAGGAUCUGGACAAUCUGUAGAGACAAACAAUCAAACUAUUAAUUGGAAUAUUCAAAAGAUGAGAGGUGGCAUUGAGAUUGCACUGCGAGCAAAAAUUCAAUUCGAUUCAUCCUCUGAUAGCAGUGUUCGCAGGGAGAUUGGACCUAUCAAUCUUGAAUUUGAUAUUCCACUAUUCAACUGCUCGAAUAUUCAAGUUAAAUUUCUAAGAGUAUUGGGUGGAUCUGUACCUGUAUACAAUAGAUAUAUCACUGAAUCAAAGAAUUAUAAAUAUUUGGAAAUGAAUUGGAAUGAAAAAGUUAAACAACUUUUAAAGUUAAACAAUGGUGUUGAGAAAGCUGCUGUUAUUGAUAGAAAAGAAUUUGGUAGGGUUGUAGCAUCUGAGAAUCUGGAGAUGUCACAACAAGAUAUUAAUGAUUUGUUAAAGAUGUGUAAUGAAUUGGACAAUAUAGAGAAUUAUAUUUCGAUUUCAAUUUCAGGUGUUAAAUACUAUCUUGUACAGUCUAACUCUAGACAUAUCCAAGCAAAAUCAACUCAAACAGAAUAUGAAAGUGGUCUAAUGAUUGGUAUUACACAAAGAUAUUUAGUUGUUGGUAUUGCAAAAGAAAAGAAUAUGGAUCUUCUGUUCGAUGCCAUUGAUCUACUUACAAAUGAAAUUCAAUCUUUAUUGGAAUCAAAAUCAAAUACAAAUACAAUUAAAAGCAAGACAAACAAAGGAAAUAUUGGUUUACCAUUUUGUCUUUAA